UGCAGGAAGGAAAUCUCUCAGACAGAUCCCCAGCACAAAGAUCACUGUCACAGUCCUUCCAGAGAGCAAAGAUCUCCAGAAAAGAUGUCCUCUCAAGUCAGAUUGAGGCUGCUGCCAAGAGCAAGGUGCCUGUUUGACGAACCCAUUAAGCUGAAGGUGGAAGGGUUGAGGUCCAGACAGGUGGUCACCAUGAGAGCCAGAUUAACUGACGAUAAGGGAGUGGUGUUCAGCUCCUCGGCUACCUACAGAGCUAAUGGCAGUGGGGAGGUCGACCUGAACAGAGAUCCCUCACUUGGUGGGUCCUACUUUGGAGUAGAACCUAUGGGUCUCCUGUGGUCCAUGAGGGCAGAAAAGUCUCACAAAAAGUUUCAAAAGGCAACAUCUCUGAAGCCUCAGUUGGUGAAUUUUUCUGUGUAUGAGGAGGAAGACAGGAUGCUGGCAGAAGAGACAAAUGAGAGGCUUCUGAUGGGAGAUGGGGUCAGUCGGGUUCCUGUCAAAGAGGGGAACAUUAGUGGAGUCCUGUUCACUCCUCCAGGAGAAGGUUUGUUUCCUGCUGUCUUGGAUAUAUUGACCUUUAGAUCUGAGACAAGAGCAAGUCUACUGGCCAGCAAAGGCUUUGUGGUCCUUGCUAUAGGUCUAGUCCAAGGCAAAUUUGAAAGUUUUGAACAUUAUCCAAGGUUUCAUCUCGACCACUUCAAAGAAGCAAUAGAUUUCUUAAAACAGCAACCUAAGGUGGGCAGUAAAGGAGUUGGCAUAAUAGGAAGAUCAAAGGCGGCAGACCUUGCACUCUCACUUGCUACCUUUGUGCCAGGUGUCAACGCCACAGUAAGCAUCAAUGGCUGCAGUGCCAAUGUGGGCGUUCCUCUCUAUUACAAGAAACAGCAUAUUCUCUCACCAUUAGUGUAUGACUUAAGUAAGCUGAUUCCCACUGAGUCAGGUGCCAGUAUUGGAAAGUACAUUUUUGAAGACCCCCUGGCAGAGAAGAACAAGGGCAGCCUGAUCCCCAUUGAACGAGCAAAGACUCAUUUCCUUUUUGUAGCCGGAGAGGAUGACCUCAACUAUGACAGCAAGACCUACAUGGACCAGAUGGUGGAGAGACUGAAGCGUCAUGGGAAGGAGAACUUUGAGUGUGUCUCUUACCGUGGAGCUGGACACUUGCUGGAGCCACCUUAUGAACCCUUCUGCCCUUCUUGUGCACAUGGGAUUUCUCACUAUAUAGCCUCAUGGGGAGGUCAACCCGAGGCACACGCAGCAGCUGAGGUCCACCUGUGGAAGAAGAUCCAGGAGUUCUUCAGAACUCACUUGAGUAGUGAUGCUGCACAGACUAAAGCCAAAAUUAUAACUUCAGGAUGAUUAAAAAGCUUGAGUUGCAGAAAAUAAUAAGUCAUGCCUGCAAAUACAGAAAAAUCACAACUCUUUAAUAUCUUAAAAUUAACAUAUUUGUAACAUCUAUUUGAAAAGUCUCUUUUUUGUUUGGUAUAACAGAUCAGGACAAAAGUCAAUGUCUCUUCACACUGUCAGUUCUGCCCUGGAGAAGUUAUUCUAUGUCUCUACUUGUAGUCUGACUCAACUUCCUCUUGGGGUUUGUUUUUUGGUUUUUUUGGUGUGGGGGGAAAAUUUGUUGGAUUGUCAUUUGGACUUUUACACCCUUAAACUGGGCUUUACAGCCACCUGUCUCCUUUUUAGGAAGGAACACCUGGUAUAAAACAUUUAGUGCCUUUUCAUACCAUCUUGCCUGUUGGACUGUUUGGCCAUUUCUCUUAAAAAAACAACAACUAAAAACUAGUUCGCUAAACACUCGGGAACCACACAGAGAAUUCCAUACUACCAUGAGGUAGGACGCGUCAGAGGACUGAGGGAGAUGCUGAGCUAAAUACACAGAGGGAUAGCAAGGAAGUGAGAACACACGAGGAACACAUCUGACGCGAAUAACCAUAAUGAGACAGGGGAAAUUGGACUGAACAGAAUAAGCAUGAAAACCCGGGACCUUCACAAUAAAACAGGAAACAUGAUCUGAGAAUCGAAGAGAGGCAGAAGAGGGAGCGAGGGAACAUGAGAGAGAGCACAGACAUGACACGCUGGGGCAAACAUGGAAAACAUAACAGAGUAAAACACAAAGGGAACCACGACACAAGAACUCACACCGCAAUAUAAAAAUAGACACAUAGGGAGACACAGAGGGCAGAAACACAAGAUGGAAUUCAAUAAACUAAAAUGAGCAACCUCGGAACCGUAGAAUAAAUAAUGAACUAACAAAAUACAAAAAACACAAGAAAACUAAGAAUGCUGGGUCAAAAUGACCCAGGACCAUGACAGGUUCCACAGAAGAGCGGCCUGAAAGUUGUCAUAAAUACUAUAAAAAGGAUUUUAGUUCUCUCAGGAACAGGCUGUCAUAUCCUGUAGAUUUGAAAGACUGCAAUUAUUUCAAAAUAAUAUUUGAAAUGUUCAAACACAUAAAUGCACUGUAUUUUAUGACAAACAUCUAGUCCUUUGCAUCAAAAAUGUUAAAACAUUAAAAUUACUUUCUGUAUAUAAAAGACAUCCAGUUGAAGGUCAAGCAAAGGCCAAGUUUAUUUAUAUAGCACAUUUCAAGUGCUUAACAAUGCAAAAUGCAACUAAAAUAAAUAAAAUGCACAAAAAUGAUGCUGUUCUGCCUUUUUUAAGUUAAGCUAGUUAGUUACCUUGUUCCCCCCUUGUGGCGUAGUCCUGCCAUUACAUUUCCCAUAAUUCAAUCAUAAAUAAGUGAAAUCACUGUAGUACACGAGGUAUUUCCAUCAAUAAAUUCUUUUAAAAAGUUACAUUAUUUGCCAUAUAUUUAUAGGCAUCACACAAGCAUCAGUGUACAUCAGAGAUUUUUUACAGGCAUGUACAUCUUAAGGCUUGUCAGCAGGGGCGGUUCUAGAAGGGUGGCAUGGGGUGGCAAGUGCCACCCUAAAAUGAGCCCUUGCCACCCCAAG